AUGGUACAGGUCCAGUACAUCAUGGCACAGGUCCAGUACAUCAUGGUACAGGUCCAGUACUUCAUCAAAUUUUCCAGUAUAUCACUUCGGGGGUCCAGUAUAUCAUCAAGCAGUCCUGAAUAUCACCAAGGGGUAUCCCAACGUCUCCCAACCUCUCCCAACCUACACCAACCUACCAAAACCUCUCCCAACCUCUCCCAAUCUCGCCCAAUCUAUCCCAACCUCUCCCAACCUCGCCCGACCUAUCCCAACCUCUCCCAACCUAUCCCAACCUCUCCCAAACUAUCCCAACCUAUCCUAACCUAUCCCAACCUCUCCCAACCUAUCUCAACCUCUCCACAACUUAUCCCAACCUCUCCCAACCUCUCCCAACCUAUCCCAACCUCUCCCAACCUAUCCCAAUCUCGCCCAACCUACCCCAACCUAUCCCAAACUAUCCCAACCUUACCCAACCUCUUCCAAUCUCUCCCAACCUAUCCCAACCUCUCCCAACCUACCCCAACCUAUCCCAACCUCUCCCAACCUCUCGCAUCAUACCCCAACGUACCUCAACCUAUCCCAACCUCUUCCAACCUAUCCCAACCUCGCCCAACCUCUCUCAACCUCUCCCAACCUAUCCCAACCUCUCGCAACCUAUCCCAACCUCGCCCAUCCUAUCCCAACCCCACCCAACCUCUCCCAACCUCUCCCACCCUCUCCCAACCCAUCCCAACCUCUCCCAACCUAUCCCAACCUGUCCCAACGUAUCCCAACCUAUCCCAACCUCUCCCAACCUUUCCCAACCUCUCCCAAUCUCUCCCAAUCUCUCCCAACCUAUCCCAACCUCUCCCAACCACUCUCAAUCUAUCCCAACCUCUCCCAACCUCGCCCAACCUCUCCCAACCUAUCCCAACCUCGUUCAACUUAUCCCAACCUCGUUCAACUUAUCCCAACCUCUCCCAACUUAUCCCAACCUCUCCCAACCUAUUCCAACCUUUCUCAACCUAUCCCAACCUUUCCCAAUCUUUCCCAACCUAUCCCAACCUCUCCCAACCUAUCCCAACCUUUCCCAACCUUUCCCAACCUUUCUCAACCUAUCCCAACCUCGCCCAACUUAUCCCAACCUCUCCCAACCUCUUCCAACCAGUCUCAACCUCUCCCAACCUCGCCCAACCUAUCCCAACCUCUCCCAACCUCUCCCAACCUAUCCCAACCUCUCGCAACCUCUCCCAACCUAUCCCAACCUCUCCCAACCUCUCCCAACCUAUCCCAACCUCGCCCAACCUAUCCCAACAUAUCCCAACCUCGCCCAACCUAUUCCAACCUCUCCCAACCUAUCCCAACCUCUCCCAACCUCUCCCAACCUCUCCCAACCUCCCCCAACCUAUCCCAACCUCUCCCAACCUAUCCCAACCUCUCCCAACCUAUCUCAACCUCUCCCAACCUCUCCCAACCUCGCCCAACCUCGCCCAACCUCUCCCAACCUAUCCCAACCUCUCCCAACCCUCUCCCAACCUAUCCCAACCUCUCCCACCCUCUCCCAACCUAUCCCAACCUCUCCCAACCUCGCCCAACCUAUCCCAACCUCCCCAACCUCGCCCAACCUAUCCCAACCUCGCCCAACCUAUCCCAACCUCCCCAACCUCGCCCAACCUAUCCCAAUCCCUCCCAACCUCGCCCAACCUAUCCCAACCUCUCCCAAGCUCUCCCAACCUCGCCCAACCUAUCCCAACCUCUCCCAACCUAUCCCAACCUCGCCCAACCUAUCCCAACCUCUCCCAACCUCGCCCAACCUAUCCCAACCUCUCCCAACGUCGCCCAACCUCUCCCAACCUAUUCCAACCUCGCCCAACCUCUCCCAACCUCUCCCAACGUAUCCCAACCUAUCCCAACCUAUCCCAACCUAUCACAACGUAUGCCAACCUCGCCCAACCUCGCCCAACAUAUCCCAACCUCUCCCAACCUCUCCCAACGUAUCCCAACCUAUCCCAACCUAUCAAAACGUAUCCCAACCUCGCCCAACCUCGCCCAACAUAUCCCAACCUCGCCCAACCUCUCCCUACCUAUCCCAACCUCGCCCAACCUAUCCCAACUUCUCCCAACCUCGCCCAACCUAUCCCAACCUCGCCCAACCUCUCCCAACCUCUCCCAACCUCGCCCAACCUAUCCCAUUCUCGCCCAACCUAUCCCAACCUCGCCCAACCUAUCCCAACCUCUCCCAACCUCUCCCAAUCUCUCCCAACGUAUCCCAACCUCUCCCAACCUCUCCCAACCUAUCCCAACCUCUCCCAACCUCUCCAGCUGGCAACAGCUGCCGACAACGACCGUCCAUAUGACAAUCUUCUUGCAUUUCCCAGAGACAUUUUUUUCCCCUUAAGAGGAGCGGCGGGAACUGGAUCCCGCCUUGAAUGGUCCCUGGAGGGCGGGUCCCACGGUGAGGCGCUUAGUGAGGCAUGCGUCGUGCAG